UUUUUUUAUUUGUUUGUUUCUGUUGUUUCAGGUCCAUUGAGGUCUAUAAUGAAAGAUCUGCAUUCGGAUGAUAAUGAAGAUGAAUCAGAGGAACUGGAUGACAAUGAUAAUGAUUCUGAGUUGGAACGACCUGUAAACACACGAGGAGGAAGCAGGAGUCGCAGGGUUAGUCUGAGUGAUGGAAGUGACAGUGACAGCAAUUCAGCUUCCUCACCACUACAUCAUGAACCAGCACCACCUUUAUUAAAAGCUAACAGCAACCAGAUUUUAGAAGUGAAAAGUCCAGUAAAGCAAAACAAAUCUGAUAAACAAAUAAAGAAUGGUGAUUGUGAUAAGGCAUAUCUCGAUGAACUAGUAGAGCUCCACAGAAGAUUAAUGACAUUGAGAGAGAGACAUGUACUGCAGCAGGUGAGGAACACUCUCAUGAAAAGUCACAGCAUGCUCACUGAAGCUGUGAAGUCACUUUUUUUUUUCCCUUUGUCUAAAUCUCUAUCGUAAGAUUUGAUAGCCUUAAAGUCUGUGUAAUCUAUUUCCUGCCCAUUACACUUUCAGUAUAGCUUAGAGUUUUUUUAGACAUUAUUUAAAUUG